GUCGAUUGUUUGUUUUCUUAAAUACCGUUCCGUUCUUAAUCAGCUCCGAUGGUAACGGACCACACGAUGCUUUGCGGCGGCGCGGGCGGUGCGGCGCCUGAGCGAUGUCGAUGAUUUUGUGUAUUACCACGUAGAAAUAUUGAAGAGAACUCCAGUAAAAAGUACAUCAUGGAUAAGGAACUCGAAGAGGAAUUGUUCUCAGAUGACACAGAGCCACAGCAGAAUGAAAUAAAAGAGGGCUUAUUAAAAUUCAAAAAGCUGUUUGCCGCCGUAGACGCCACAGUGAUAUCAAUAAUCACCUCUCCUGGAGCCGGCAACGUGACGCAGGAUAACUUGGAACAAUCCUCUCAAACAUGCAAGGACGGUGAUGAGAGAAAUAAUGUUACGUCAGUGCUCGAUCACACAGAUUCUCAAAAGUCGCUUAAAGAAGCCGAUCCGAAGAAACAUGAAGGAGAAGACGAUGUUGACAAACCAAAUUAAACAAUCGGUAUCUUAAACUUUUUUUAUGUUUAUUUAUUCUUCAUGCAUAAAAGUAUUCUUUGGUUUGAACGAAAAUUAUAAUGUUAUUGCGUUGUAUAUUACUGCGUUUCGAUUAAGGAUAUUGUAC